AAAGAAGAAUGGAGUACUAAGAAGAAUAGACAUAUAGCAAGCCUCUGAUAAGCAAUUGUACACUUGAAUACAAAACUGAUCAAAGCUAGAAACUUUUGUUCACCAAGUCAGCUUUCCGAGGUCUUGGAAUUUGCAAAUGCGUUAUCCAUAUCCUCUCUCUAUUUGGUGACAGAACCGUGGAGUUUAUUAUUUAUACAGGUACAUAAGUAAAGUGAACAUUGGUGUUGGAUUGAGAGUGAAAUGGUAGGUAAAGACAACCUGAGGGCUGAGGACUUGAACUUGUGCUUUGAGAAGCUUAUGAUGCUUGGCAAAAAUGGGAUUCGGAAAGGAGGGGUGAAAAUGGAAGGUGGUAUCAUCACUGAGUGGAAGGAUAUUCCCACAGAGCUCUUGUUGCAAAUUGUUUCUCUUGUUGAUGAUAAGACGGUGAUCAUGGCGUCAGGAGUGUGUCGUGGGUGGAGAGAUGCUAUUUGCUUGGGCCUUACCCAUCUCUCUUUCUCAUGGUGCAGCAAGAACAUGAACAACUUGGUCCUAUCUCUUGCUCCAAAAUUCACAAAAUUGCAGAGUCUCAUAUUGCGCCAAGAUAAACCACAGCUUGAGGAUCAUGCUGUUGAAACUAUUGCAAACUGCUGUCAUGAUCUGCAGGUCCUGGACCUCAGCAAAAGUUUCAAGCUUAGUGACAGCUCCCUGUAUGCCCUGGCUCAUGGUUGCCCUAAUCUUUCAAAACUCAACAUCAGUGGAUGUUCAGCAUUCAGUGACAGUGCUCUUGCAUAUCUGGCUAGUUUUUGCCGUAAGUUAAAGGUUUUAAAUCUUUGUGGAUGUGUCAAAGCUGCAUCUGACAGUGCAUUGCAGGCUAUUGGAUGUUACUGCAGUCAGUUGCAGUCUUUAAAUCUAGGAUGGUGUGAUAAUGUAAGUGAUGUGGGAGUAAUGAGUUUAGCAUAUGGAUGCCCUGAUCUCAGAACUCUUGAUUUGUGCGGCUGUGUUCGCAUAACAGAUGAUAGUGUGAUUGCUCUUGCAAACAGAUGUCUUCAUUUGAGAUCCCUUGGCCUGUACUACUGUCAGAACAUCACAGACAGAGCAAUGUACUCUUUGGCCCACAGCCGAGUGAAGAAGACUUCAAUGUGGGAAUCAGUGAAAGAAAUUAACGAUGAGGAUGGGCUUAGGACUCUCAACAUCAGCCAGUGCACGGCACUCACCCCCCCUGCCGUUCAGGCAGUGUGCGAUUCAUUUCCUGCACUCCACACUUGCUCGGGAAGGCAUUCGCUUAUCAUGAGCGGCUGUCUGAACUUAAUGUCCGUGCAUUGUGCCUGUGCCUUCCAUGCACACCGCACAGCCAGCAAUGUUGCUCACCCAGCCCAUUGAAUGAAGGUAGGUUUGAGCUAAAAAGUAGUACGUAUGUAUUUUGUCAGAACCCAGCUACAAUUUAAAAAGUAGUUUGAACUCUUGUGUUUAUGCAUGUUGAUAUGCUAAUUCUGUGUGGGCAUUUAGAGAAGCCUGUUACUAAAAGUUCUGUUGGUUAUGGAUGCUAUAAAGUUGAGAAUACAUAUCUCGUUACUAAAAGCAGCAGUCAUUUACUCA